AUGUCGUCUGCUGCUAUGCAAACGGUUCCUCAGUACACACCCGCCCAUUCCUCCGCUACUUAUGUUUCACUUCCCCAUCCAAUCCCCGCUUCGACGUCGCAAUACGACUAUGCGCCGCAGCAAUUAUUCAAUGACUUGCCCCGGUCAACGCAACCAUCGCGGCGAUCGCGUGACCCUCAUAGUGCCGUCGUGAGCACCGCGCUAAGUUCUCAGCAGCCAUCUUAUCCCCCGACGACGACAUAUUCUUCGGCUAUGAGCGACCCCCACGAACAAGCUCCGCCAUUGUCCACCCAUGCAUCCCCAUCUUUGAACCCCGCACUGCCGACGCCCGGCCAGAAUAGUAACCGAGCGCCCGUCUACCCCGAUCUUCAAGGUGCUCCUCCCAUCCCGCCGCCGAGGACAUCUUCGACUCAUCGGAGUCAACAUGGUUCAAGCGCUACAUCAUCCUCCGGCGAAAGAGUCACUAGUUCGCGGCGCAACAAGAGCAAACCUGACGAUCGAGGCACCGGCCACCGCGAGAGAAGAGGUGACGAGCCUCGCUCGCACCGUUCAGCAGCUCACCCGUCUGAGGAACCGACGAGGGAACCGUCCGGAAAGGGAUCGAGGCGACUCCAGGCAGAAUCAUCCUCAGCGGUCGACUCACGCUCGGAGGAGAUGAUGGAGACCAUCCCCAGUCUGGGAACUUUGGUAAAGGAGUCCAGUACAGUUAUCAACCAAGUGGUGGUGAGUGACCCUUCAGUGGACAUCAUGAGGGAGCAAGCACGGCAAGCAGAAGCGUCGAUAUCGCCUUCUAGCGACAGUGCUCCGCCAUCCGGGCUCGCCUUGGUCGGCAGCGAGGGUGUGGAUGACGGAGGGCGCGGCGGACUACGCAGUCGGCACGACUACAACGAAAACACGAUCAAGCGCAAAGAGACUACGUUCGGCCAGUAUAUCCUUGGGCAAACUCUCGGGGAGGGCGAGUUUGGAAAGGUCAAGCUGGGUUGGAAGAAAGAUGGCAGCGUCCAGGUUGCCAUCAAGCUGAUUCGGAGGGAGUCUCUCGGAUCUAAUCCUAAUCGGCUGCCCAAGAUCUACCGAGAAAUCUCCAUUCUUCGCGAUCUCCAUCACCCGAAUAUCGUUCGACUCCAUGAAAUGGUGGAGACCGAUCGCCACAUCGGCAUUAUUAUGGAAUAUGCAUCAGGUGGAGAGCUCUUUGACCACAUUCUGAACAAUCGUUACCUCAAGGACAAUUCGGCCCGGCGCCUGUUCGCCCAGCUCGUAUCAGGCGUGGGGUAUCUUCAUAAGAAAGGCAUUGUUCAUCGAGAUCUCAAACUGGAAAAUUUGCUCCUGGAUCGCAACCGCAACAUCAUCAUCACGGAUUUCGGCUUCGCGAAUACAUUUGACCCAAGCGACGAGUUGGGCGAGGAGAUCGAAUACAAUCUCACCAAUAAGGAGUUUGUGAAGCGAAUGCGCUUGGACAAGCCUAACGCCAAAGGCAUGAGACGGGGCGACCUGAUGCAGACCAGCUGCGGAAGCCCGUGUUAUGCGGCCCCCGAACUGGUGGUGAGUGAUUCUCUGUACACAGGGCGCAAAGUGGACGUCUGGAGCUGCGGCGUAAUCCUGUAUGCUAUGUUGGCUGGCUAUUUGCCUUUCGAUGAUGAUCCAGCAAAUCCAGAUGGCGAUAACAUCAAUCUGUUGUACAAGUAUAUUGUUAGUACACCGCUGACGUUCCCGGAAUACGUGACACCACAUGCUCGCGAUCUUUUGAGACGGAUAUUGGUGCCCGACCCGCGCAAACGAGCAGACCUUUUCGAAGUGGCUCGUCACAGUUGGCUCAGCGAGUUUUCGCAUGUUGUGUCUCACAUUACGAGCAGCACAACCAAAGUUGCGGACAUUGCCGACACGACAGUUCCUCCUGAAAGUCAUAGGGAAGCCCCAGCGCUGGCUCGCAGUGCCUCCGUCAGAGAGCCUCCGAAAGCAUACCAGAGCUCGAUACCUACUGUUGGAGGGCUUGUGCAUCAAUCCGGAGACAUUUCCCAAGAGCCGUCCGUCGAUCGGUCAAAGACUUCUCGGGACACAAAACGGCGAACGGUGCAGGUCGAAUAUGUUGCCCCCCAGUCUCAGACAGCAAGAGGAGAAAGUCCUUCCGCCCCCGAAUCCCCGAACGCGAAGCCAUCCGAAGUGGAAGCCGUCCUUCCAGCCGCAAGGCCCGGCAGUCGAGAUGCGGCGGCGAACACACAAGCAGGCGCUCUACCCUCGGGUGUUCAUAUGGAGCAGCGCUCAACACGGGCUGGAGAAACCAAGGCACCCGCUGGCUCGGUGCCGCCUGCACCAGGGCAUUUGCCUCGGUCGACCUCGGACAGCACCGCCCUCACGGGAACGCACACGACAAUGCCUCCGACGCAAGCCACGCGGCCUACGACGGGCGCCUCAAUGGCCUCGUUCAAUACUGGUCGCUUGCCCUCUCGGGGUUCAUACGGACAGCCUGUGGCUCCUACUGUUGCGGCGACCAAUGCACAGGGUCGCCUUGCCCAACCGAAGAGCAAGCAAUAUGUGAUCUCGGCGCCAAUCCCUCAGGAUUCCUCGCAACACGCUGCCAUGUCGAUCGGACGUCCAAGCACACAGGCCCUCCCAGCCAAAUUCAACACCACCCCUCGGCAGGAACCACCCAAGGGUCAUAAGAGAUCCAAUACGGUCUCGGGCAUUGGCGAAAAGCUCUUUGGGCGAUCAGGAUCCAUCUUUGGCGGUCGUGGAACACAGACCGCUCCUCGUCAGAAGCCCAGCAAGCGGUAUCCCCCAACAAGCAUGAGGGAUCCAUUUGCCGGAGAGGAAAUCCGAGUCUCUAUGGAUUCCCGACGGUCCAUUCAAUAUGGAUCUAACCGGAAGAUGAGCGAAACUGUUGGGGAGAAUAGACCACGCCGGUUUUCCUUGCUACCAGCAUCUUUCUCCCUCAAGGGUUUUUCUUCAAGCCGAUCGCAGACUCCCGAAGAGGAAUCCCAAACGAGUCGCUCCACUGAUCAGCGAGUCCAGCAACGUCCCUCGGCCGGAGUUAUCCGCCCUCGAGCGCGCGCCACCAGCUACGGAACGCAAGAUGCCAUGGGUAUGGUGUCUGAUGGACCAGGAGAGGGGGUACUGGCCUCAGAGGAGCCGGUCAACUACCAAGCCCGUAUUGAUCAACAAUUCGCGGAGUUGCACGGUUUGCAAUCCGCGGCGUACCAACCUACCUCGUACAGCAGCACAUCAGCAGAGCACGUAUACCAUAAUGACAACGAUCAUCAAUACGGAUAUCAAUACGCCAGUCACUCGACACCGAAUUACUAUGAUGAGUAUACCAAUGACCCCCGGCCGUCAAUGCAGGCCGGCCGGGCGGGAAGAGGCCCCAACGUUCUGCAGAAGAACAAUAGGAAGUUUGCCGAUGCUUACGAGUACGAACGAGACCCCUCUCACUCCGGCAGCUCCGGUGCGGCCAGGAAAGUCAUGGACUUUUUCCGUCGAAGAGCUAAAUCCAGGGCCGGUGAUGACCGUUGA